AGGUUUUACAAGUAACAAACGUACGUACAAGUUUUAUUCUCAAAAAAUGUCAACUUACACUUAUCUCAUCUAGAAAUUUUUAAUUUCUUGUGGAUUCCGAAAAUGUAGCAAUUUGUAGAAACUGAUAUGAACUUCAAUUAACUAGCCUGUGAUUAUUUUCUAAUGCCAUGGAGGAAACUCUGAGGGAGCAGCAAGAAAACGAAUUGGAAGCUCUGAAGGCAAUUUUUGGCGAGGCUCUGCACGACAACCAUGAAGACAAUCCUAGUUAUGAGUGGAAGCCACUGGAUGUCACUAUUUCCAUCACUCCUCAGCAAGACAGUAGAGGAUACAAUCAAGUCCAUGCUAAAUUUGCCCUGCAUGUUGUAUGUUCAGAGAAAUAUCCAGAUGAAACACCAGAGUUAUAUCUGGAGCAAAGUAAAGGUUUAUCCAGCAUUCAGUUAGCAAAUCUAAGAAGAGAAUUGGAAACCAUUGCAAACUCUCUUUGUGGUGAAGUAGUUGUAUUUGAAUUGGUUCAGCAUGCCCAGAAAAUACUCAGCCAGUACAAUAAACCUAGUCAGUCAUUUUAUGAAGAAAUGAUCUCCCGUCAAAAGCAACGGCAAGAAAAAGAAUUGCAGCUUAAAAAGACAGAAGAACGAAGGAAGGAAAAAGAAAUGCAGUUUGAAAUACAGCAUAAGCAGGAGAUUAUGAAGAGAGGGCGCAAUUUGAGACUUCAAGACUCGGAUUUAGAGGAUGAUUCUGAUGAUGAUAGCUUUGAUAAUGACAAAUUACUAUCCAACAGGUUUAAGGAAUUUGUCUCUUUUGAUGAUGACAAUGAGGAAGAAAGCAUAGUCAGUAGAAGUCCGAUAAAAAAAUAUAGUGUACCUGAUAGACCUAAGUAUUUAGAUCUUCUAGAGAAUAGUAACAACUGUAAAAUUCCUUUUAACUUAAACUCAAUACCUCGCGGGCAUGUUCGACUAGAAAAUGAGUUCGAAAUUUUAGACUCAAUCGGUAAAGGAGCAUUUGGCAUUGUUUUAAAAGUACGUAAUAAACUAGAUGAUUGUCUGUAUGCUAUCAAGCAAAUAGAGCUAGAUCCAAAAAACAAGCUUCUAAAUAAAAAAAUUAUGAGAGAAGUGAAACUGUUAUCGAGGCUGAAUCAUGAAAACGUCGUACGAUACUUCAAUUCCUGGAUUGAAACUGUAGAAGAAAGUGGUAGCUUAGAAGAUGAGAAAAAACAGGAAACCAAAGAAGUCAAAAAAGGCAUAGAUCUUGUUCCUAUGAAAGAAUUAAGUCUUGGUUGGAAUUUAUCUGAGCCUCGAGGAAAUUGUUUGAGCUCAGAUGAUGAAAGUUCUAGUGAUGAUGACACAGGCUGGAUUUCAUUCAUACGUGGUAGCACUGACUCAUCCCCACAAGACUCAGAAUCAACAGCAAGUGUUCCUCGAGUAUCAGAACCAGUGAAAUUGGAUUCAGAAGCAAACAUUUUGAACAAUUUGAAACAGUGCAUGUACAUCCAAAUGGAAUACUGUGAGAAAAGUACCCUCAGGAAUGCAAUUGAUCAAUGUUUGUACCAAGAUACAAAAAGAGUAUGGCGGCUCCUCAGAGAAAUAGUUGAAGGGCUAAUGCAUAUCCAUCAGCAGGGCAUCAUUCAUCGUGACUUGAAACCUGUUAAUAUUUUCUUGGACUCAGAAGACCACGUAAAGAUUGGUGAUUUCGGACUUGCAACCACAGAAAUUUUACAGAAGCAGCCAAGUAAUGGUCCCAAAGUGAUAUACGCCCCUCCCGCAACUGCUCCUUCUCCAGAUUCAUCCUAUUCAGGGCCCGUCGGAACAGCUCUGUACGUUGCACCAGAGCUUAAUAAACACUGCAACAAAACUACUAGUAUAUCAUAUAACCAGAAAGUUGAUAUUUUUAGUUUAGGGAUAAUAUUUUUUGAAAUGUGUUAUCCUCCAAUUGGUACCAACAUGGAGAGGUUCAAAAUAUUAAGCGAUCUACGCCUCAGAGACUGCUCUAUUCCUGCGGAUUUUGACAAACCAGAAAAUUCCCGACAAAUACAAAUAAUAAAAUGGCUCCUAAAUCAUGAUCCUGCGAAACGACCCACUUCUCAAGAGCUCCUUCUCAGUGAAUACAUUCCUCCCGUCCACCUUGCUGAUGCAGAGCUGUUAGAUAUGUUCAAUCACACUCUAUCAAAUCCUAAAAGCAAAAGCUACAAGUACUUAAUAGCAUCUUGUUUCAAUCAGAAAUACUCACCAGCAGAAGAUCUAACUUUCAAUCCAACAAUUCCUACAUCAUCAAAAAACUUCAGACAGCAUUAUAUGUUGGAAACAGUGAUUGAAAAAGUGAAAAAGGUUUUCCAGCUUCAUGGAGGAAUCUGUCUCCAGACGCCGUUCUUUAUUCCAAACUCAGAACUGAUUAGGAGUGACUCCUCCGUUCGACUGAUGACGUGUUGGGGCGGACUGGUCCAUGCUCCUCAUGACUUACAUGUCCCAUUUGCCAGAUAUUUAGCCCACAAUCCUAUUAUCAAUAUCAAACGGUAUACAGUUGACAGAGUUUUCAGGGAAAGAAGAGUGUUUGGCGUGCAUCCCAAAGAACUUUAUGAAUGUGCUUUUGAUAUCGUAUCUGCUGCACCAGGAAAUCUAUUGGAUGAUGCUGAACUGUUAUCAAUUAUUUGGGAAAUAUUUAACAUGUUUCCAUCUGUAUUUGCACAAAAGACUUGGUUCAUAAGGCUCUCUCACACUUCAUUAAUUCACGCUAUCUUACUUCAUUGUGGCUUUGAGGAAGAUAAGCAUGCUUAUGUCAUCCGUCUCUUAAGCAGCUUAAAACCUCACGAAAAUGCAGAUGAAAUCGGUAAAAUCAAAGGUGCGACAGAACAUGGUCUCAAAACUCUGAAAGGUUUUGUCAAUUCUGAUCAUAACCUGAAGAAACUAAAAGGAAUUUGUAGCUCAAUUACAAAGAAGGAAAACAGAGCAGCUCUUUUAUGUCGGCAAGCAAUCAAAGACUUAGAAUUGGUCGAGAAGCAUAUUGAAUCAUUGGGAAUUGAGAUGCCAGUUCUUAUUGCUCCUGGGUUGUUAACCAAUGCGUCUCAUUACUCUGGCCUGAUGUACCAAAUUGUUCGAGAGUACAAAAGCAAAGAAGGUCAAAGCGUUCGUGACAUCCUCGCAUCAGGAGGACGCUAUGACUCAUUGAUUGCCAGCUUCAGACAGCUUGUUAGGUGUAGUACUGACAUAUCACUGUCAGCUGCAGGGAUCAGUUUAUCUCUUGAUAGAUUUGUUACGGCUCUGUUACCUGAAUUGAAAACCUUGGCCAUAACUGACGUGCUUAUCUGUUCUGUUGGUCAAAACUCGAUGGCACAGGAGAAGCUAAGUGUCGCAAAAGAUUUAUGGUCUGCUGGUGUUCGAUGUUGCUCAAUUUCAGAAUCUGUCUCUAGUUUAGAGGAAGUGCAGGCAAAAUGCUCAGAGAUGAACGUUCGACAUAUUGUGAUGCUCAAAGAAUCAGAACCCGGAAGUGUUCGGAUACGAACCAGAAUAAAAGACAGGUUUCAGGAGAAGAAAGUUAGUAUUAGUGAACUGGUGGAAUGUUUUAGUCGGGAUAAAAUUGAAUCAAAUACUGUCAUUCGACAUGAACGAGCUAUGUCUACCUCAGAUUCAAUUCACGUCAAUGUGACCUUUAUAUUGGAGGAAAAAUUGAACACAAGCACUAGACGACGCUAUGAAAAUCAGAUACUCAACACUAUAUCUAUCUCUCUUCAAAAAUUAUCGCACAAAAUGAAAGUUGAAGUUUUGGCACUCAAUGUUGAAUUUGAUGUGGUUAAGUUCCUUGUCUUUAUUGACCUUGAUAAUGUUCAGCAAAGCUUAAAUUCCAUCGUUAAAAAAUUUCCCCAGCAAAAAAAAUCUCUCUUGAAACUUGGUGAUCAUUUAGAAGAAUUUGGAACCAAAUCAAACCUGAUAGCUGUAAUUUUUUACAGUAUAGUCGAUAAUAUGUUCCGAAUGUUGUUAUGACUCAUGCCUGCGACCUCACGUCUCUAAAUCAUAAUUUCGCAUGAAGAUGAGAAUGCAGUGAUAAUUUUUGCGUAAUAGAUGUUUGUAACAUUGCAUCCUUUAAAGUAAUCGUACUAAGAUUCCUAUUUUCUUUUAAUUUAUUUCUAUUUGUGUUGAAGAUUUGUUUUCUCUUUCUCUUUGGAUGUACCAGUGAUUUUUCAACUGCCAAAAUCUUAAAUUUUCCUCUCUUUUGAAAAAAAAAAAAAAAAAAAAAAAAAAUCAGUUAUUAAUUUUUUAAGUACGUUUUUCGUAUACUGUUUUUCACAAUCAGUUCAGCUCCUGGAGGAGCCUAAAGAAAAAUAUUUUGUUGCUUUUAUUGUUUUUUUUUUAAUAAAAAAAUUAAAAUUCUUCUGUA